AUGGAAAAAGACUAUAUGAACAAAGACGACCCUCGUAAUCUCUUUGUACUUAAAAACACCGCGAAACGUACUCACACCACGCUGCUGAACCGAGCAAGGACGAUGUUGAGCAGAAAUGCCUCCCAGCAAGAGUUUGCAGCAUUUAGAACUAGACUGAAACAGGCCCACGCUCGGCUAGUUAGCAUUCAUCAACGAUACGUCCAGCUCACCGAUCUCAGCGACACUGAACAACAUACCGCCGAACUUUACCUCCAAACUAUCAACAAUCAACAGCUAACCUGCUUACGGACGAUCGCUGUCGCCAUGGCUAAUAGGUCCGAACGUCGUCGAUCAUGGAAUGUAUCGAACCACGACAAUGCUUCGGGAAAUCGAACCGAACAAAUUUCACCAAAUGUGAUAGAAGACGUACAAAAUGCGCUGCUCAACAACACCGCUCCGAAUCAGAUUAACUACCAGGAAAAUCAGCAGCACGAUCCUACGUUUUUGCCAACGCACCUCGUUGAAAAUCACGAUAACCAAAAUAUCGACACGAAUUCUAGCAAUGGCCAAACCAAUAAUCGAGGCAGUCCAACAUCAAACAAACCUGAAUCCGACCCAGCUGCAGCAAAGAAGCUAAAAUUUGAUUUGGAAUUUAAACUUCGUCAGAAGCAGUUGCAGAAAGAACGUGAAAUGAAGGACUUGGAACUUAAAUACGCACGUGAGCAAGAAGAUAUGCUACUCGAAAUCCAGCAUAUUCAGCAGAAAUCACAGCUGAGCGAUAGUCCUGUGUCCGAACAAGGCCCGCAGUUCGCUUUGACUCCCGUCCACCAGGUGAACACAACGCUGCCUCCGCCUCAAGGACCGGUGGUUUACACUGGACAUCCUCAACUCGCAUCGUCCCGCAAUUGGCCGAAACUUGUUGUUGCUAAGUUUGACGGUGACCCUCGUGGUUGGACCAAAUUUGCUCACGGCAUUAACGCAACUCUCCGAGACACUAAUAUGCCAGAGUCUUUGAAAUUGUUGGCCCUACAAGAUAACCUGAAAGACGAAAUUCAGAAGCGUGUCGCUCACAUCUUCACCAGUACUCACUCAUUUCAAUCAGCAUGGGCUGUCCUCGAGAGUAAAUAUGGUAGCCCUGGUCUCAUCAUUCAAGCGCACAACCAGCACCUUCAGCAGUUGCCGCCUUUCAAGCAUAGCGACUUCAAUGGGCUUUUCAACAUGGCUGUUGCAGUUCGUGAUGCCAUAUCAAGCGUCAACAAGGAGCACAUCGUUAUAUUUACAUCAGUCGUCACGUCGCUGUGUGCCAAGUUGCCCAUCCAUUUACAGUCGGAUUGGGGCAAACUGGCGUAUGGGCUGAAUAGAUUGCCAACUCUUCAAGAUUUCGACUAA